GGAGGUUGCCUCGUUUUCCCUUGUAUGAGAAGACCAGUAUUAGGUGAGAGCUUGAGAGAUACUCUAUCUUCAUCAUUUCUUUUCUUCACAGCAGAAGCUUAAAUUCUCAGAUUUCGUGUGCAUGUGCAGAAGCAUACGGGUGAGAAAGGAAAGAAGGAGAAAGUCAUGGAAGGAGAUGCAAAGGAGGAAACUUUGCCUCCAGGGUUUCGAUUUCACCCUACAGAUGAAGAACUCAUCACGUACUAUCUCGUGAACAAGAUCUCAGAUGCUAAUUUCACAGGGAGAGCUGUUGCUGAUGUUGAUCUCAACAAGUGCGAGCCUUGGGAUCUUCCAGGGAAGGCAAAAAUGGGAGAAAAAGAGUGGUACUUCUUCAGCCUUCGAGAUAGAAAAUACCCAACUGGUGUGAGAACAAAUCGAGCUACAAAUACGGGUUAUUGGAAGACAACGGGAAAAGAUAAGGAGAUUUUCAACAGUGUCACGUCAGAAUUAGUUGGGAUGAAGAAGACAUUGGUUUUCUACAGAGGGAGAGCCCCCAGAGGAGAGAAAACCAACUGGGUCAUGCAUGAAUAUCGCAUCCACUCCAAAUCUGGAUUCAGAACUAGCAAGCAGGACGAAUGGGUAGUUUGCCGUGUCUUCCAGAAAAGUGCAGGCGCUAAAAAGUACCCUUCAAACCAAUCCAGAGCUGUGAAUCCCUACAGCCUUGAGAUGGGAAGCAGCGUUGUACCCUCACAAAUGAUGCAGGCUCCAGAGAACUAUCAGUUUCCCGUCGGAAGAAAUUACAUGAAUCAAGCAGAGCUGGCAGAGCUCACCAGGGCUUUCAGAGCCGGUGGAUCAAGUAGUGUAAAUCUACCAGUUCAAUCUCAAAUGAACUACCCACUUGGAGUUGGAGGAGGGUGCUUCACCAUUUCAGGGUUGAACAUUAACCUUGGGGGAGCGCCAACACAGCCCGUUUAUAGGCCGAUGCAGCCUCCUCAAGUGAUGAACCAACAAGAUGUCUCUUCUUCCAUGAUGACUAGUUCUGCGUUCGCUGCAGAGGGUGGGUAUGUUGCAGAAAUCAAUAACCCAAAUGGGGCAAGCAACAGAUUUAUGGGCGUAGACCAUUGCAUGGAUUUUGAUAACUACUGGCCUUCUUACUGAGAGGUUGAUGAAUGGAUGAAGCUAAUAGAACAAACUGUUUGUUAAUGUGGAUUUUAUAGAUUAGUUAUGCUUAAUUAGUUCUAAGUACUUUGAAUUAUAAUUUGUUAUGUGAUGAGAAUGGGUAAAAUACCCAGCACUUUAGAGUGAUCCCUGAAUUCUCUCUAUCUCCCUUUUCUUCUAUAGAAAAAAAGGAUACAUGCAUGUUCCUUUUUGUUUAAUAAUUAUAGACCUUCAACUUUCUCUUCAGUCAUGUAUUUUUGAGAGAUUUUGUAGUAGGAAAAAGAAAAUCACACUUAAUAAAAUAAAUGUGACCAUCUAUAUUCAUAGUUUAAUUCAAUUAAGAAAAAAAUCAAUUA